GAGUCAUUCGCUGGAAGGCAGAGUCGGGGAUACCGCGCCUGUCUGCCGGUUGCUUGCUAGACGCACUCCGCUUACCGCCACCACUAAAUCUGAAUAAUUCGUGUUAAAAAUCUAAGCUUAAUUAUCAACGAAAAUGUGUGUUAAUAAACGCGGGGAAAAUAAAUAAGUUAGAACAAUUUAAAUAUUGUCAAUAUUUUGGUGUUUGUGAAGUGGAUAUCAUGAUAACAACCAUGACGUCAUUCAUAUUGUUGAAGACAAAUUCGUUCUUAUUGAGGAUGAACAGAGAGGAUAACGUGAACUGGUUCCAUGGGAAAAUAUCACGAGACACUGCUGAAAACUUGUUAAAGGAAGAAGGUGAGGAUGGUGUUUUCUUGGUACGUGAGAGCAACACUUCGCCUGGAGAUUAUGUGCUUUCUGUUUUACAUCAAGGGGAAGUAGUGCAUUAUCAAAUACGGAGACAUGGUGAAGAUGCAUUCUUCUCCAUUGAAGAGCACACAACAGUACACGGACUGGAUACUCUCAUACAACAUUACCGUGGGGACUCCAAUGGGCUCGUCACCCGACUGUCUGUUGUUUGCAAAGGGCAACCUCCACCUCACGAGUCUCGUACUCAGGGAACAACAAAUCUUUUGCAUCGGGCAACCGAAGCCGGCGACUUCAAUAUAGUGUCUCAGAUGCUCGCUUGCGGCUACCGCAACCGAGACGCCAAGAACCAAGAUGGGCAGACUGCGGUACACAUCGCCGCGCGCGCCGGUCGCGACAACAUCCUUGCCAAGCUGAUAGAGAGCGGCGCCACUGUCAACGUGCGAGACUCCUUCGGGUACACGCCUCUACACUAUACAUGCCAGAACAACUUGCCGAGUACAACAGAGCUGUUGAUCACAAAGGGGAACGCGAACUAUCAGAUGCGGCACGCGCCCACGGGGAAGGUGCCUCUACACGAUGCAGCGCAGCGGGGACACAUCGACUGUAUCAAGGUUCUCCUGAAACUGAAAGCACCAGCCCACCCGAGAACUUUAGCAAAGGACACCCCAGCAGACCUGGCAAAGCAUUAUGGAUACGUAGAAUGUUAUCAGCUAUUGAAAAACCACAAGCCAGAGCCGUCUUCAACGUCAAAAAGCCAGUGGUACCACGGCACCCUGAAUCGGGACGAAGCCGUCAAACUGCUUGAGGAUUACUGUCGCCAGCGAUCGCUCCUCGACAAGGCAGCGGAUGGCGUGUAUCUAGUGCGCUACAGCGAGCGACACACGGGCGCUUACGUGCUGACUAUGCUAAGCGAAAAUACGCCGUAUAACUUCAUUAUAAGAAAAGAGGGCAAUUGGCUUUUUAUUGACGACGGCCCAUACCUAGAAUCUCUUGAAAGACUGAUCGAACACUAUAACACGGUUCCUGAUGGUUUACCGACUCGCCUGAUGACCGCUGUUCCCCCGAAGCCUAAACCACCUCUGCCAGAAUUCUCCACAAUGCCACGGACCAAGAAGCCAUCGCCGAGCCGCGCCGCCAUGAACCAGACGCUAUCCCUAGUCAAGCACGACAUCCUCAGCGACAAGAUCUCCCACCCGCACUCCCCUCCCAUCCCCGCCAUCCCAACCACCAACAAUGCCUUCGAACUGCUCACUCGCAACCUGUCCUUCUCUUCCGACUUCAAUAACGACAGUCUGAACAACAACGAUGAGGCGCAAGACGACAAUGACACGUACAAAGUGCCCGUGAAUAAUAGCGCGGUGGUGACGCUGGCGGAGAAUUAUAAUGAGAUAUCCAUCAAUUCGGAGGGCCAGCUGUCGACGUUGCAAGAAUUUAUUCCUAUGAGUGAGCUGACGUUAGGAGCGGUUCUGGGCGAAGGCGAGUUCGGUUCCGUGCUGCGCGCCACUUAUUCUCCGCCAGACCAACCGCCGCAACAGGUUGCCGUGAAGACACUCCAUAUGCAGCACACAGACACAAACAAGCGAGAAUUUUUAUCGGAAGCGAAGACCAUGAUGUCGUUAAGACAUCGAUGCAUAGUGCGCAUGAUUGGAAUAUCUUUGGGUCCACCUCUAGCGAUGGUUCAAGAGCUCGUCCCUUUGGGCUCGCUCCUAGAGUACCUGGUCCGGUAUCCAGACAAAGUGUCGGCGGGCUACGAGCUUCGGCUGUGGGCGUGCCAGAUCGCCGCCGGCAUGAGAUACCUGGAGCGCCGCCGGUUCGUGCAUAGGGACCUGGCUGCGAGGAACAUACUGCUGGCUAGCAGACAACAAGCAAAAAUAAGCGACUUCGGCCUCUCGCGGGCGCUGUCCACCGACAGCUCCUACUACAAGGCCAGCCGCGGCGGCAAGUGGCCCAUCAAGUGGUACGCGCCCGAGUCCUACAACUACGGCACCUUCAGCCACGCCAGUGACGUGUGGAGCUACGGCGUCACGCUCUGGGAGAUGUUCUCAUUCGGCAAGCAGCCCUAUGGCGACGCAAGAGGCGUGGAGGCGAUACAAGUGGUGGAGAGCGGUCAGCGGCUCGAACGUCCCGCGGACUGCCCCGACGAGAUCUACCAAGUCAUGCUGGACUGCUGGGCCUACUGUCCCGACGCAAGGCCCUCAUUCAGCGAGUUGGUAGACGUGUUCUCACGCCACCCAGACUACGUCAAUAUCAGCCAGCUAGCGCUAGACAACGACGACGCGCUCGCGUGAACAGGUUAAGGUAUAAAGCUUCAACCACACCAACGUGGACAACAAUGAGGGUUUUCGCGAUUGAAAAAUCCGCCAGAUGGCAAUACGUAGACGCGAGGUCCAAAUGCUGCAUGAUUGGUUAUUUUUGACAUGACAUUGACAGAUAUGUCAAAAUUCACCAAUCAUGCAGCUGCAUUUGGACCUCCCAUCUAUGUAUUGCCAUCUGGCGGAUUUUUCAAUCGCGAAAACCCUCAUUGGACUGUCAUGGGUCGCGCGACCUGUCAUUGGCCUAUGAUCGCGCCGGCGAUGGCGAUCUGCACGCGUUGGUGUGGUUGAAGCAUAAUAGUCAAUUAGUAUAUCGUUUUGAUGUAUAGGCGACGGCACAUUUACUAAGCUGUUUGUAAUAUGAUGUGCGAUAAUGUGUGUCGACUAUACGGCAUAUGAGCUCUUAUCGUUUUUUUCUAAAUGUUUAUUUUAGUGACUAUAUUGGACUUUUGAAAAUAAAUUUCCCAGUAUAAUUUAAAACCUGCUACAGUAUCGGGUGAAUAAGAGACCUGUAAAGUUUACAUCAAAUAACUUAUUAAAUUAUGAUAAACGCUGAAAAGACAUCUACAUAACAGUUUUUUUAUUACUAUACCACUACUGGUCUUCCGACGUUCAGAUUAAAGACGAUUGACGAUUCAUGUUACGCUAAAUAACUGGCAAUAGGUAUGUUGAUAUCUAACAUAAUAGGUGGUUUGACACGGCGAUUUUACGCCAAGUAAAUAUUUUAUGCUACCUAGGUACGUAAUGUAUGAUUUUUUUUUAGUGCAGUUUAUUUCGCUGCAAAAAUUAAAACUUCUUAUGAACUGAAAACUGUUUAUGAAAACAUUGUUAGAAAUAAGUGUAACGUCGCUUUUCGAAAUUUUUAUUUUUUGACUUGGGGCCUUGGUGUAUGAAUGCAAGUAAUUUUAUUGAACACAUUGUAACCUAAGGGCUUAUUUCACAUUAUAAUAGUUUAAUUACACUGAUACUAGAUUUCUUAACGAGCUUCCUUUUCCAACAGAAUUUGAACAAAUUACUGAAGUUAGUUUACUUUCAUUGCAAUGAUAGGCUGUUAUGCAUCAGUGAAUUUGUAUUAUCUUCCGUUUUACGAAUGAUCCCGCUAGUAUUUUUAUUGUACAGCGUGAUUGAGAUCUAAAUGAGAAUUUUAGGAACUACAUUUUUUCAUAGAUUCUCUAUGCACUGACAUUUCAGUUCCAAAAAUUGUCAGACGCAUCAAUUACGCUGUAUAAUUUACAUUAGAGUGUUGUCUAAAUGUUUUGAGUAUAUGAAUGGGUAAGAUGGUGAAAGCUGGAAUGCCAUGAUGUGCCUGAUAACGUAUUGUUUUAGUAUUAAUAUAAUUCAACCACUUGUAAAUAUAAUAUAGAUAUUUAAAUUAUGUAUUUGUAAUCAAUGUUAAUUUUAUGAUAAUGAUAAGAUUUUAUUAUAGAUAGAUUGAUAAUGCAUUUCCACGUAUCACUCAUCCUAGGCUAGUUUGAUUCUUACUGUAUUAGAAGCAUUUUUCUCUUCUCUCUCUAAUCUGAGCAUUUCUAAUGUUUUGUUCCUUUACAACCAAAAUAAUAUUAUGAAUUGAAUAUUUUUUUAUUAGAAUAAAAAUCCAGAGUAGUUAUAUUUUUACAUUCCAUUUUUAUAGUAGCAUUAUUACAUGAGAUGUGAAAAUGCUGUAUCCGCUUAAAUUUAUUGUACUUGGAGUAUUCACCUUUAAAAUUGUAAUAAUACAAAUUAGUUAAUUAACAGCAUUUAAAUCAAUUCGGAUUGUUUUGGGGAAUGGGCCAUUUACAUGCCAUAGUAAAACAUUUAAUUGCCAUGAGGUUGUGUUACGAUAUGUACAAAAGUUUAUAUAGUUACCGAAAUUGUUUAUUUUAUUAAGAAUUUAUAUUAAAUUCUGCAUGAGUCUGAAUUUUAGCUUAUGAUUUUAAUGAUAAUUUUAUAUUUUGACAGAUCAUAUUAUUAUUAUAUUAAUUAAUCAAAAUGUGAUAAUGGUAUUUAUAAAAAUAAAUAAACUUUACCUAAA